CGGGGUCACGUGACCACAACACGGAAGCAGCGCUGCCAGCUGCUUUAACUCACGUUAUUCCUGCGCUUUCUGGAUAAAAGUUCGACUUUUGGACGAGUUUCCGGGACCAGAACCUGAAAACCCCGACGGGAAGCGGGGGGCGCCGUCGGGCCUCCGGCAGCAGCCGUCAUGGUGAAAGUGUUCCGGAGUCCGGCCCGUCACGGCUACGCGGUGGAGACGUCACCGUUCCUGCCCGGCAGGCUGGCCCUCGCCGCCGCGCAGUACUACGGUAUCACAGGUUGUGGUUCUCUGCUGGUCCUGGAUCAGACGGACGACGGCGUCGCUUUAGUUCGGAGCUGGGACUGGAGCGACGGCCUCUUCGACGUGUCCUGGAGUGAAGCCAACGAGCACGUCCUGGUCGGGGGGGGCGGGGACGGCAGCCUGCAGCUCUGGGACACGACCAAUCAGGACGCUCCGCUGAGGGUGGCCCGGGAACACACGCAGGAGGUUUACUCCGUGGACUGGACUCAGACCAGAGGAGAAAACCUGAUCGUCUCCGGGUCCUGGGACCAGACCGCCAAAGUGUGGGACCCGGCCCUGGGCAGAUCCCUGUCCACCCUCAGGGGUCACCAGGGGGUCGUCUACAGCACCGUCUGGUCCCCUCACAUCCCAGGAUGCUUUGCUUCAGCCUCAGGUGACGGGACUCUCCGGAUCUGGGACGUGAAGAGCUCCGUCUGCCGACUGGCUGUUCCUGCUCACCAGGCCGAGAUCCUGAGCUGUGAUUGGUGCAAGUACGACCAGAACCUCCUGGCCACCGGUUCCGUUGACUGCAGUGUUUCUAUCUGGGACCUGAGGAACGUCAGGAAACCUGUCAAUCACCUGCUGGGACACACGUACGCCAUACGGAGACUCAAGUUCUCUCCGUUCAGUAAGACGGUUCUGGCGUCCUGCUCCUACGACUUCAGCGUCAGGUUCUGGGACUUCAGCAGGACCCCCCCCCUCCUGGGAACCGUUGAGCAUCACUCUGAGUUCGUGUGUGGGCUGGACUUCAACCUGCACCUGCAGAACCAGGUGGUGGACUGUUCCUGGGACGAGACGGUGAAGAUCUACACCCCGGCCUGUCUCUCCGGGGGGGGACCGGGUCCCAGAGCCUGAACCAGCUGGUCCCCCAAGACCCGGUCCCAGAGCCUGAACCCAAGACCCGGUCCAGCAGCAGGUCCCCCAAGACCUGGUCCAGGAGGGGGUUCUCCUGACGGUUCUCCUGAUGGUUUUGGUUCUGGACCGGGUCGCCGUCCCAGAACUGAUGAUGAUGAUGAUGAUGAUGAUGAUGAAGAUGAUUUGUCUGAUUGUGCCUUUAAUAAAGCAGAAC